AUGGUUGCAAAGUACUCAUUCUUCCCAGGAAAGCCAAGGUGGCCUCUAUCGAAAACCCAUUUCACUUACAGCUUCCAAUCCAGUGCCCAAGCUCCCCAAGGUGCAACCGAAGACAUUGUUAUUGGUUUCCAUCGCGGUAAUCAUAAGGAUGGGAACCCAUUUGAUGUUCUUGGGGGUGUAUUGGCUCAUUCUUUUCCACCAACAAGACGAUGGGUCCACUAUGAUGCUGAUGAGGAUUGGAGUAGUAAUCCAAACCUAAGCCAAAUAGACUUGGAAUCAAUUGCAGUUCAUGAGAUAGGGCAUGGUCUUGGGCUUGGCCAAUAUGUAUAUGUGCAUCACUUCCUGCAUGAAUAUCAAGAGGGAUCUGAGUGCUGA